AUGUUAGGUCGCGGCGGCGGGACGGGCAGGGGGCGACGAGCUGUCGCGGCGGCGGGACGGGCAGACGGCGCCGAAGCAGGCGCGGCGGCGGGAAGGGGAGGCGGCGACGUGACAUCGCGGCGGAGGGACGGGCAGGCGGCGACGAGGCGUCGCGGCGGCGGGAUGCGCAGGCGGCGCCGAAGCAGGCGCGGCGGCGGGAACGCGGCGACGAGACGUCGCGGCGGAGGGACGGGCAGGCGGCGACGAGGUGUCGCGGCGGCAGGAUGCGCAGGCGGCGCCGUAGCAGGCGCGGCGGCGGGAACGCGGCGACGAGACGUCGCGGCGGAGGGACGGGCAGGCGGCGACGAGGCGUCGCGGCGGCAGGAUGCGCAGGCGGCGACGAGGCGUCGCGGCGGCAGGAUGCGCAGGCGGCGCCGAAGCAGGCGCGGCGCGGGGAACGCGGCGACGAGACGUCGCGGCGGAGGGACGGGCAGGCGGCGACGAGGCGUCGCGGCGGCAGGAUGCGCAGGCGGCGCCGUAGCAGGCGCGGCGGCGGGAACGCGGCGACGUGACGUCGCGGCGGAGGGACGGGCAGCGGGCAGGCGGCGACGAGGCGUCGCGGCGGCAGGAUGCGCAGGCGGCGCCGAAUCAGGCGCGGCGGCGAGAAGGGGAGGCGGCGACAGGGGGUCGCGGCGGGGGGGAGGAGGGGACAGCGGCGUUGCGCUCGCGGCGGUGGAAUCCGCAGGCGAGGAAGGCAAUACUCCGCCGGCCCCACCCCCCCAACCCCAGCCGGCGACGUCUACAGCUUCGGCGCCGUGCUCCUCGAACUCCUCGCCGCCCACCCACCCAUGCCCCCCUGUUUCCCCCUUUCCCCCUCCCCGCUCCUCCCAUCCCCCAGAAUAUUCAGCCGGCCCCACCCCCCCAACGCCUGCCGGCGACGUGUACAGCUUCGGCGUGGUCCUGCUCGAACUCCUCACAGCGCGCCCGCCAGUGGACCCGGCCUUCACAGACAACGGCACGGGCGACCUCAUAGGGUGGGUGCGGGCGACCAUACAGGCGGGGCAGCCGGGGGAGGCGCUGGAUCCGCGCAUGGCGGACGCGGCGGAGAGUGGCGACGAGAUGCUGCAGUUCCGCAAGGUGGCGCUGGUGUGUGUGGCAGAGGAUGGGGAUGAGCGGCCGAUGAUGAGGGAGGUGGUGGAGAUGAUGGUCAGGGCGAGGGAGACCGCGGCGAAGAUCCGAGAGAACCCUCAGAUCAGGGACUUGCUGGAGUGA